CGCAGGUAGCCGUGGUAUGUGUUCAUGCUGCUGCUUAACUGAUGUCUGUGGACGGCAGCGUCAAGCAUCAGCAGCAGUAUCAGCAGCAGCAGCUGAUGAUGAUGAUGGAGACAGAGACGAGGAUGGAGCUGCUACAGUAGAGAAGAAGAAGGAUGAUGGUGGUGAUGAUGAUGCUGCAGAUGAUGCUGCAGCUGCCGUGGUGAGAGACCACAGGUGGAGGAGUCGUGUUUCACUACGUGUCCGCUGCGGCGUCACCUGCCGUGGAUGAUUUUUCUCAUGGGUUGCGGAGGGAGUCGGGCGGACGUGAUCGUCGAGCCGAGGUAUCAUGAAAGCUGGACCAGGGAGACGGAAUCGACGUGGCUCACCAACACGGACGUGGAGACGCCUCUGCCAGUGGCCAACAGUAAAGCUCUGGAGUCCAGUCUGAGAGAGAAGAGGACGGUGACCACAGGCACUCAGUGUGGGAAGCAAAGCCUCACCUCCACCGGCUCCAACCACCAGAGGAGGUCCAGACGCUCGCUGACUGAUCAAACAGCUCGUGACACCAAAAGGCGGGCAUCAAAAGAGGCCGGCGUUCCAACGCCUAAGGACGGCCCGUCGGUCAACAUCAGCGGCGGUGAAGACGCUGAAGCGGGCAAAGUGUGUGACGAAAGAUGAGGAAAAGCCAAGAACCUGUGAAGCAGAAGAUGGCCAAUGCUGUUAGCAAUUCACCACAAGAUGGGGCAGUGACUUAAAGACGUGUGUGGAUGACAUUUGUGUGUGAUUCUUGGCUGUCGAUCUCGGUGAUUUACAAGCACCUGCGUACGUCUCCAUCCAAAGAUCUCGGGAUGCUGCAUCCUCGCUGUGCCAUUGUAAAUGCUUGCAUGAAGCCGGGAGUGGCUCACGGUCUGUGUUCACACUCUCCACCAUGCUUGUGUCCCACGCUUGCGGUGCUGGUCGGGAAUGUGUCACUGUGUAACGCCAGUUUGUGAGAAAGUCACACUGGACGGUUCCAUAUGCAUAUGAUAAUCACAGUCGACACAUCUCAGUGGGGCCUUCCUUAAGAGUUAGCUUCGGUUCUUUGUGCUUUUGUGUACUUUUCUUUGUUGUGAAUGUGGGGAGUCGACGAGAAUGGUGUUUCACCUCGGUCAAUGCUGUAGAUGAUUUUCAUUUAGUGUAACCUGAAGUGCUGUUUAGAAACGGAGAUUUGGAGGUUGGAAAGCUUGAAGGCUUAAGACUCUUUUUUACAACCCCGUUGCAAGAUAAAGAAACAAACACACCCGCAUGUGCCUACAAAAUCAUUUACAUUUGAAGUGCUCCUGUGUUCACUCUGAGAGUUUAUUUUUUAACAUUGUUGAAUGUUGUAUUUUCCAGUUCUCUAACAUCUUUUUUUCUUUUUAAAUAUGUAUGUUGAAUGACUGUGUGAGUUAUUAUUUACCACAGUGUACUUUCAAUGAGUGUCAUUUGUGUGGCUUAUACUGAUCUGCAUGUAUAAAUCAAACAAAAUGAUGACAAUAGUCUCUGCACAAAUAUUAUCAGAGGAAAAGUUUGGAAAAUAAACAAUGGUCAACAGCAGAUGGUGCUGUUGAUCAGCUGUGUCUUACUAACUGAAAACUCCCAGGACAACAACUAUUUAUUUUCAUAAUAGCUCUCUCUUCAUUUCUGCUCUGCUGGAAGGAUUAAUUAAAGUCAAUCUUUUGGUCUUGUCUAAUUUUAAGAUCUAAUGCUUGUGAUUACUGUUGCUUCACUAAGAUAAUGAAAGGCCAACUUUGUUUAGUUUUUUUAAAUGUCAAACCAAAUUUUGAAUUAAACAUACAUGAUUUCUGUUUGUAUCACGUAGUGAAAGCAACGCAAAGUGAAUUUCUCAUUUGCUAUAGCCAAAGGUUAUUUAGAAUCAACUAUGGAUGUGUUAACAUAUAGCUAAGCACAUUAAAGUUGUUGUUUUUUCCCCCAAUUUUCCUCUUUCAAACACAUGAUUAUUGUAAUUUAGUUUAUUUGCUUAUGGUAAUCAUCUUAAAAGGCCCUAUGAAAAAAAAGAAAAAAAAAGUAUGUAUAUAAGACUAAACAUGAAAUGGCAAAAAAUAGACUAUUUUUUCCAUGAAAUAAAACACAUCACCCAACAUUA